UAGGGAGCAGAUAUGUUAAGUAUGAAGAUGCCACUUUUAUGAGUACAUUGUUUGUACUUAAACUCUAUGAAUUUAUUAUUUAAGGCCAGAAGGGACAAUCAGAUCAUCUAAUCUGAAUAGCCCAAGCCAUUAAACUGCAUUCAGUUACCUCUGUGCUGAGUCCAAAAGCUUGUAUUUGGCUCUAGCAUAUCUCCCAGAAAGGCAUCCAGGCUUGACUUGAAGACAUCAAGAGAUGGAAUAACCUUUUCAGUAGCGCUCACCUCAGGCGCAUGCUGAGAGAGGCCCGGCUGUGAGAUGACUCCCAUGGAGAGAGCUGGGAAUGUGAGGGUUUCACAAAGGCUGAAGAGAAAAAUGGAGCCUGAUAAACACACACGGUAAAGAGCCCCUGUCAUGGACAAUGACCUCAUAGUGCUAGGUGCUGUACGAAGAACUGAACUUACCUGAAUAACUGCCUGAUGAACUUCUCAUCUGAAUAGACAAGAAUGACACAGCAUGGUGGGGAAGGGAUGCAACACACAAGCAGAGUGAACAAUGUGAUGAGCUUUUGCCGAUCAGCUGCUGGACACCCCCUUCUGCUUAGUUCUGAACAUUUCGGGGGAUUGGAAGCUCUCUCCCAUAGUGGUUCAGUCAUGAUGGAUGAGGAUGAUGGAUUGAGUGAGAGAGGUCUCAGCAACUCCAGGAAGAGAUAUGAUGAUGAUGAAGAAGACUACCAUUCCAUUUACAUCGGGGUGCCAAUGCCACGGGGCUACAGGCGGAAGAGGCGCAGACGGAGAUCCACCUGCAGCCGGGAUAAAACCAGCGAAAAUGAAAGGCUCUGUGAGCGCCAGGACCGAUCAGAUACCGAUGAAGGAGGGCAAGCAAGCUACGACAAUGGGAACGACAACGCCAGCAGGACGAUGUCUCCAGCUGCUGAACGCCUUCGUUACAUCCUGGGUGAAGACGAUGACCCUCCAAACCCCACCCUGUUCACUGAGAUGGACACACUGCAGCACGAUGGGGAAGAAAUGGAGUGGAAAGAAUCUGCCAGGUGGAUAAAAUUCGAAGAAAAGGUGGAAGAAGGAGGGGAGAGAUGGAGCAAACCUCAUGUGUCAACGUUAUCUUUGCACAGCCUGUUUGAACUACGCACAUGUCUACAGACAGGGACGGUGCUCCUAGACUUAGAUGGCUACUCCUUACCACAGAUCAUCGAUGAUGUUAUUGAAAAGCAGAUAGAGGAUGGUCUGCUCAAGCCAGAGCUGCGAGAGAAAAUAAGUUAUGUGCUACUGAGGAAACACCGCCACCAGACCAAGAAGCCGAUCCACCGAUCCUUGGCAGACAUUGGCAAAUCGGUCUCGUCCAACACAAAUCGCAGUCCUGUCCGGAGCCCAGCAGCAGGGGCCAGCUUCCACCGCUCCACCGAAGAUCUUAGAAUGAGACAGAACGCAAAUUAUGGACGUUUACGCCAUGCGCAAAGCAGAAGCAUGAAUGACAUUACAGAUACUCCAAGCACAGAUCAGGUACUAAAAAAUAAAUUCAUAAAGAAGAUCCCCAAAGACGCAGAAGCCUCCAAUGUCCUGGUGGGAGAGGUGGACUUCCUGGAGAAGCCAUUCGUGGCAUUCGUGAGGCUCAUACAGUCCACCAUGCUGGGCGGGGUGACGGAAGUUCCCGUCCCCACUAGGUUCCUUUUUAUUCUCCUGGGUCCUUCAGGAAAGGCAAAAUCCUACAAUGAAAUCGGCCGAGCUAUCGCCACCCUUAUGGUAGAUGACCUUUUCAGUGAUGUGGCCUACAAGGCCAGAGACCGAGAUGACCUGAUUGCAGGAAUAGAUGAGUUUCUGGAUGAAGUCAUUGUCCUUCCGCCAGGGGAGUGGGAUCCAAACAUUAGAAUAGAGCCACCCAAAAAAGUACCUUCCGCUGAGAAGAGGAAAUCAGUGUUCUCGCUGAACGAAGCAGGGCAGAUGAAUGGCACCGUGGGAGGAGCAGCAGGAGGGGGCGGCGGAGGUGGAGGGGGCGGCAGUGGCAGUGACGACGGAGAAAUGCCAGCUGUGCAUGAAGUUGGGGAAGAGCUUGUCUGGACAGGCAGGUUUUGCGGCGGCCUGUAUUUGGAUAUCAAGAGGAAGCUGCCUUGGUUCCCCAGUGAUUUCUACGAAGGCUUUCAUAUCCAGUCUAUCUCCGCCAUCCUCUUCAUUUACCUGGGCUGCAUCACAAAUGCCAUAACAUUUGGGGGGCUGCUUGGUGAUGCUACAGACAACUACCAGGGGGUCAUGGAGAGUUUCCUCGGCACGGCGAUGGCGGGCUCCGUGUUCUGCUUCUUUGCCGGGCAGCCACUCAUUAUCCUGAGCAGCACAGGGCCCAUCCUCAUCUUCGAAAAGCUACUCUUCGACUUCAGCAAAGGCAACAGCAUAGACUACAUGGAGUUCCGUCUGUGGAUCGGCUUACACUCUGCCCUACAGUGCCUUAUCCUGGUGGCUACAGACGCCAGCUUCAUUAUAAAGUACAUCACACGCUUCACUGAGGAGGGGUUCUCCACCCUCAUCAGCUUUAUAUUCAUCUAUGAUGCUAUCAAGAAGAUGAUCGGCGCCUUUAAGUAUUACCCUAUCAAUGCAGACUUCAAAACAGACUAUGUGACCAUGUACAAAUGCGAGUGCAUUGCUCCUGACCCAGUGAAUACAACAUUGUUCAAUGCUUCAGCUCCGCUGGCACCAAACAACACUAACAUUUCUGUGUACAAUGCUAUUAAUGUAACAGCUCUGGACUGGACCCAGCUGAGUAAGAAGGAAUGUCUAAAGUAUGGCGGAAGCCUAGUAGGGAAAUCCUGUAAAUUUGUUCCUGACUUAGCCCUCAUGUCCUUCAUCCUCUUCUUUGGGACCUAUUCCAUGACUGUAACACUGAAGAAAUUCAAGUUCAGUCGCUACUUUCCUACAAAGGUCAGGGCCUUCAUUGCUGAUUUUUCCAUUGUCUUCUCCAUUCUGCUGUUCUGUGGAAUAGAUGCCUGGUUUGGCCUGGACACUCCAAAGCUGCAUGUUCCCAGUAUAAUUAAGCUACGUAAACUUAUUAGUGACUUCUCUAUCUUCAUGUCCAUACUAAUGUUUGUUGGUCUCGAUGUAUUGUUUGGACUGAAUACUCCUAAACUGCAAGUGCCUACUGAUUUUAAGCCCACUCGCUUAGAUCGAGGAUGGUUUGUGUUCCCGUUCGGUAAGAAUCCAUGGUGGAUCUACUUGGCCAGUGCCCUUCCAGCUCUGCUGGUUACCAUCUUGAUCUUCAUGGACCAGCAAAUCACAGCUGUCAUAGUCAAUAGGAAGGAGCACAAACUGAGGAAAGCGGCAGGCUAUCACCUGGACUUGUUCUGGGUGGGGGUCCUGAUGGCCGUGUGCUCAUUCAUGGGGCUGCCUUGGUACGUAGCUGCCACGGUCAUUUCCAUAGCCCACAUCGACAGCUUAAAGAUGGAGACGGAGACCAGUGCGCCAGGGGAGCAGCCACAGUUCCUGGGAGUGAGGGAGCAGAGAGUCACCGGAAUCAUUGUCUUUGUCCUGACUGGGAUAUCUGUCUUCCUGGCUCCAAUUCUGAAGUAUAUUCCGAUGCCGGUGCUGUAUGGUGUCUUUCUCUACAUGGGAGUUGCCUCUCUGAAUGGCAUUCAGUUCUGGGACCGCUGCAAGCUCUUCCUGAUGCCAGCCAAGCACCAGCCUGACUACGCCUUCCUUCGCCACGUGCCCCUGCGGCGGAUCCACCUCUUCACCCUGGUGCAGAUCAUCUGCCUAGCCAUCCUCUGGAUCCUGAAGUCCACUGUGGCGGCUAUCAUCUUCCCUGUGAUGAUUUUAGCCUUAAUCUUAGUGAGGAAAAUGCUGGAUUUCGUCUUUUCCCAACACGACCUGGCCUGGAUUGAUAACAUCAUCCCCGAGAGGGAGAAGAAGAAGGAAGAUGACAAGAAGAAGAAGAAGAAAGGCAACAAAGGAGAAGAGGAGAGUGAGGAUGAGGAAAGAGGUCCUCCAGCUGGAGCUUUGCGUUCUGAUUCUUCUCCUAACAGUUCAGACUUGGAUCGCAGUAUUACACUUCACCUGAAGAUUUCCUGCCCAUCAUCUCCUGCGUUUAACUACUCCCGAAACCCUCUCUGUGCUGUGCCCCAGGUGAAGAUAGAGAUGGAGUCGGACUAUGAAGAUAGUGACACAGAAAAGCACCCUCGGGACAUGGGCAGCGAGACCACGCUGUAGUCCCACACUGCCCUUCCUUUGUGAUGAUAUAUAAAUAAGAAAAUUGGGCAUAUUUUUCUAUGUGACAGACUAAGGAGAUCAUAGGUCCCCGGGACCCAUUUCUCCAUUAGCUUUUAGCAGAAUAAAUUAGAACUGCUGUGGAAUUCCACCCCGUUCAGUUGGGCCAAGAAACCACCGCCAGCUUCAGAGCAAUGCCAGGAAUGUGGAAAUGGUACUUUGACUCUGGUCCCUGCAGUAAUAGGGGACAUUAGACCCUGGGCGGUUGCUGCCAUUUCAGUGAAGACUCUGAAGAUAGCAGGGCCACCUUCCUUCAGCAUCUGGACCCUGACAUCACCAGCGUUGGAGAGUCACGCCCUUUCCAGUGCAAGCUUCAACUCCUCCUAGUUCUCUUGUAGUCUGUGUCCCUAUUAGCGUUAGUUGGCCCAGGGGGCAUUCGCAGAUAAGAUGAGCACCACCCUACCCACUGUUUGAGCAGUAAUCUGUGACAUUCCAUGGGGCGGGGGGGAGGAUUUCAGGACUGUAAACUGUAAUUUAUUGCAUGUUUUACACACCAUAUGCAGCAAACAAUGCACACCCCAGAAAAGUAUACAAAACAGGGCUAAGAAAAAUUCCCUUUUUGGGAAGUUAGGGAAUGUUUAGAAUCAAAGUGGACAACGUCCCUGGCUGCUGCUUAAAAAUACAGCCAUAGCCCUUUAAAACUGCUUCUGUCCUGCAGGAAGGGAGGGUGUUUUCUAUAGGAAUGCUGUGUUACCCAGUGGCAUUCACUCUCUGGGGCUAGGAGCAAUUUUAAAAGGGUUAGACUUGUAAAAAGCUAAACUCAGUCACUUCCCACCCUCCCAUACUAACCCCUCUCUCUGCUGAAGUUAUAAUGAUACUGUUCUAAGCAGACUUAGUCCAUGUAACUCCUAUUGUUAAUGGAGAAACUUGUAAGAAAGAGGUUGACACACACACAAGCCAGCCAUUGUCCAGGCCAGUCAGGCUGAAAUAGAAAAUCCUGCAGAUAACCAUUACAGGGGGCGAUGGCAAUGACUGUCUAGCUUUUACUUUGCAGCAUGUUCUACUCCAGCAACAGUCUUCCUCGAAAGGACCGUCCAUUUUUGCUCAACCCAGCCACAUACAAAUAACUGUCUGGAAGGUAAGAAGCACUUAUGGGCUGUGAAAUGUUUGGUUAAUCCUAGGGUUAGAGAUGGAAGAGCCCUAACUGAUCUAAUCCAUUCCCUUCCAGCACACAGGCGUUAUCUAAACAGGAGUGGAGAAAUCCACAGCCUGCGGUAUUUUUAUGAUACAUGCCAGAGCCAGCUAGACAAUAGAACUUCCUGUUCUGACAGCACAGGCCCCUGCCACUGGAGCAAAAGAGGGAUUCUCUGUUAGAACAAGUCCUGUGACAAUUGAGCAGUUAUGAUUCUAUACACUAGCCCAUCAGUAGCAACAGUAGUCCUGCUGGAAAGUGACUUACAUGCCCUUGUCAGUUAAUAUUAAUUCCUCAUUAAAAAAUUGUUAGAAUGAAUGUUUGAUAGGUGUUAGAUUGGAUUGCUGGCCUUUCCCCUCCCCUAGGUUACAGCUCAGUUAACUGUGGGGAUGAAACCAAAGGACUUGUGUUGGAAUUAGAAGGUUCCAUAGCUUGGGUGAAAGGAAAACGUCUGCUACUUCGCCUCCAUGUAAGUGAAAAAUAGAGUGGUGCCCAUAGACAAAUUGUGUCUAAAGGGGGCAGUGAUAAAACUGGCACAACUAGACAUGUAUGUAUAACAGUUGGGUUGAUGUACUUCCCAGUUUAUUCAGGGGAGGAAGGCUACUGGGCUCAGAAAAGUUUUCUACAGCUAUAGAUUUUAGUGCAACUCCACACCCAUCUCAUUCUUGGUUAAGUCAGAUGACUUGAAACAUGUUUCAUUGUUUUUUUUUAAUUCAAAACAUAAGGUGCAGCCUUUGGCAGUAGUCCCUUGAGUGCUGGUUACAGAUAAAAAAAAUUUUUCAAGGGAAGCCAUUUCUAUUUUUGAUUUUCAGCCUCCCCCAUCCCCCGCUUUCAAAAACAUUAGGAGGCAGGAAAUUCAGUUCAGUUAUGUAAAUUCAAAAUAACCUCAGUCUGUAUUUGCACCAGAGUUUAGUACACAGCACUUUAGCUUGUAUUUUUAUACAAACACCUCAACCCUUCAAGUAGGGCAUCUUCCUUACCAUCACUUUUGCCAGCCCUUGUUUCCUCUACAAUUGCCCCUCCUGUAAACAUGGCUCUUGCACAUAACUGCCACAUGGUGUGAGCCUGAUGUGAACUGACUUUUAGAUGUCGAUUUCAGAUGUGAGUGGGUUUGCUCUCAAAGGCCUGGUACUAGUUAAUCCUUUCAAACUGGCAGCUGGAUGCAUUGUUGCAAUGGUUAACGUGUUACUGUACCUACUCACUCAUUGUUGCACUUCUCAGAAAGGAAAGGAACAUAAAGAACUUGUCUUGAGGGUUUUGUUAACUAAAACUUGAUUAUUUUUUAGAAAAAAAUGCAAUUGUAAACUAAGUUCAGAAAGAAAUGGAAAAAAAAAAGUCAGCCAUUUAAGAUUGCUGCAAAGAGCAAGCCCUCAGUGCUUUGUUAUAAAUUCCACCUGCGUGCAUCUUUAAGAGCAGCCUUCAAGGUUUUUUAAGGAUAGAAGAGUCCUGUGACUGACAAAGUCCACUCUACAGGGGGUUCUGGAAUGCUGGUUAAAUAUUGCAAGUGGUUUGAACCUUACAAUGAAACAGAUGCUGGUUCUUUGUAAAUAUUUAAGAGAAGUCAAAAGAAAACUUGAAUUCAGUUUCCUAUUUAUAGUAUUUUCUAGCUUGAGUACCCAACAAGACUGUUUUUG